GGCGCCAGCUUCCUGCCGCCUGCUCGCCAGUGGAGUCUCGAACUGCGUGCAGUCAGCAGGUGACAUUAUUACGUCUCGCACUUCGACAGCCAGACUACCCGGGAGUCGCCAGCCAACAUGUCCAAGCCGCUGACAGACCAGGAGAAGAAGAAACAGAUCUCGGUUCGAGGUUUGGCCGGCGUCGAAAACGUCGCGGAGCUCAAAGUCAAUUUCAACCGACAUCUUCACUUCACGCUGGUCAAGGACAGGAAUGUGGCCACCAAGCGGGACUACUACUUCGCGCUGGCCAACACCGUCCGAGACCACCUGGUGGGCCGCUGGAUCCGCACGCAGCAGCACUACUAUGAGACGGACCCCAAACGGGUCUACUAUCUCUCCCUGGAGUUCUACAUGGGCCGCACAUUGCAGAACACCAUGGUCAACUUGGCCUUGGAGAACGCCUGCGACGAGGCCACCUAUCAGCUGGGCCUAGACAUGGAGGAGCUGCAGGACAUCGAGGAAGAUGCGGGUCUAGGCAACGGCGGUCUGGGUCGUCUGGCUGCUUGCUUCCUGGACUCCAUGGCCUCUCUGGGUUUGGCUGCGUACGGAUACGGAAUCCGCUACGAGUUUGGUAUCUUUAAUCAGAAGAUUGUGGACGGGCGACAGGUGGAGGAGGCCGACGACUGGCUGCGUUACGGCAACCCCUGGGAGAAGGCUCGGCCCGAGUACAUGCGCCCUGUCCACUUCUACGGACGAGUGGAGCACACGGCCGAGGGCAUCAAAUGGGUAGACACGCAGGUGGUCCUGGCCCUCCCGUACGACACCCCCGUGCCAGGAUACAGGAACAACAUCGUCAACACCAUGAGGCUGUGGUCUGCUAAGGCUCCGUGUGACUUCAACCUCCAAGACUUUAACGUUGGUGGCUACAUUCAAGCGGUGCUCGAUAGGAACCUGGCUGAGAACAUCUCCAGGGUCCUCUACCCUAACGAUAAUUUCUUUGAGGGCAAGGAGCUGCGUCUGAAGCAGGAGUACUUUGUAGUCGCCGCCACACUUCAAGACAUAAUUCGCCGAUUCAAAGCUUCUAAGUUUGGCUCCACCGAGUUUGUGCGCAUGGAUCUGUCGGCGCUGCCCAAAAAGGUGGCCAUCCAGCUGAAUGACACACAUCCUGCUUUAGCCAUCCCUGAGCUGAUGAGGAUCCUGGUCGAUGUUGAGAAACUCGCUUGGGAGAAGGCGUGGGACAUCGUGGUGCGUACAUGUGCCUACACCAACCACACCGUUCUGCCUGAGGCCUUGGAGCGCUGGCCGGUGGAUCUCUUCCACAACCUGCUGCCUCGUCACCUGGAGAUCAUCUACGAGAUCAACAGGAGGCACCUGGAGCGCAUCACUAAGCUCUAUCCCGACGACGCUGACCGCGUACGCCGCAUGUCCCUCAUCGAGGAGGGGGACGUCAAGAAGAUCAACAUGGCUCACCUGUGCAUCGUGGGGUCGCACGCCGUCAACGGAGUAGCCCGCAUUCACUCUGAGAUCAUCAAAAGCACUGUCUUCAAGGAUUUCUACGACAUGGAUCCUCACAAGUUCCAGAACAAGACCAACGGCAUCACACCGAGGCGCUGGCUUCUUAUGUGCAACCCAGGACUAGCCGAUAUCAUCGCCGAGAGAAUUGGCGAGGACUACAUCAGGGAUCUUGACCAGCUGAAGGGGCUUCUGGACUUUGUAGACGACGACGCCUUCAUCCGUGACGUCGCCAAAGUCAAACAAGAGAACAAGAUCAAGUUUGCCGCCCACCUUGAGGAGCACUACCGCGUGAAGAUCAACGCCAGCUCCAUGUUCGACGUGCAGGUGAAGAGGAUCCACGAGUACAAGCGGCAGCUGCUCAACUGCCUGCACAUCAUCACGCUCUACAACCGCAUCAGGAAGGAGCCCAACAAACCUUGGACCCCGAGGACCGUCAUGAUCGGAGGAAAGGCGGCGCCAGGUUACCACAUUGCCAAGCUGAUCAUCAAGUUGAUCACAUCAAUCGGCGACGUGGUCAACAACGACCCAGUGGUGGGAGAUCGUCUCAAGGUCAUUUUUCUGGAGAACUACAGAGUCACUCUUGCAGAGAAAGUCAUCCCGGCGGCUGAUCUGUCCGAGCAGAUCUCCACGGCCGGCACCGAGGCGUCCGGCACGGGCAACAUGAAGUUCAUGCUGAACGGCGCCCUCACCAUCGGCACCAUGGACGGCGCCAACGUGGAGAUGGCGGAGGAGGCCGGCGAGGAGAACUUCUUCAUCUUUGGCAUGAGGGUGGACGACGUGGAGGCUCUGGAGAAGAAAGGCUAUGAUGCGUUGGCGUACUACAACCGCAUCCCUGAGCUGAAGCAGGCUAUGUCUCAGAUAGCAGGAGGCUUGUUCAGCCCGCAACAAGUGGACCUUUUCAAAGAUCUGGUCAACAUGCUGAUGCACCACGACAGGUUCAAGGUGUUUGCAGACUACGAGGCGUACAUGGAAUGUCAGGAGAAAGUGAACGUACUCUACAAGAACCCUAAAGAGUGGACCAAGAUGGUGAUCCGGAACAUUGCCGCCUCUGGUAAAUUCUCCAGCGACCGCACCAUUUCCCAGUACGCCAGGGAGAUCUGGAACAUCGAGCCCAGUUUGGAGAAGCUGGGCGCCCCAGAUGAUCCCCGCUAAAGUGCACGCAGACUCCCCCAGCCCCGCCCACUUCUAACGCACCCCCAAACCCCUGCGCAGUUCUUUUAUAAAGCUUGUUAGCAUUCACUGUGUAGCACUAAUCCAUGUAUUCAAACAUGUGUUGUGAAUGCGUUUGGGACCACAUUGCCUUUCCCUGCCCAUUAAGCCUUUUAAAAACAGUCCAGAACGCCGAGUGUACUCCACUGUGAUGUGUCUACUGUAGGUCUUCCAUGGAGGACGACGUGAUUUCCUGCUGUCUUCUGGUGUCCCUCGUUUAAUGCAUGUGGCUGUCUAUCCCUCACGUGUGUGUGUCUGUAUUUAAUCCCAGUACUGUAAUACUAAACUGUCUCUUGGUCAAUAAAUGACAAAAUUAGUCGA